AUGAUUUUGAUUUGUGUCUGUUUAGGUCUGGGCUUUAACAUACGAGGUGGUGUUGAUAAUCCUCACAUACCAGGAGAUUCUGGGAUAUUUGUAACAAAAGUUAGGGAAAAUGGUGCUGCUUUUGUUGACGGACGACUCAAAGAAGGAGAUAAGAUAUUAUCGAUAAAUGGGAAAAGUUUGAUAAGCGUGACUCACGAGGAUGCUGUACAGUGUUUUACGAGGGCCAAAGAUGAAGUUGUUUUACGGGUUCAACAUGGAGCCCAAGCAAAAAUAUUGAAGAAAAGGUCUCAAGAGAAACAAGCAGAAAGUGGCAGCCCCGGUGAUGACUCGUCAUCCAGCAUGGAAUAUAUUUAGCUAUAGGGGUUGUUGUAGUUGGACUAGCACUUGGUGGUGUUUUUGCUUACAAAAAAUUUUUCAAAAGGUUUUGUUAGCUACCGAUGAAUUUGGUGCAAUUUAGAAAACUACUCAAAUUGUUGUGUUAGUGUUGAAAGCAAAGUGAAUAAUUUACAUUUUACAAAGAUUGCAAAGACAAGUAAGUAAGUUGAAGUUCCAAAACAAAAUUCAAUACUAUACAUGUAUACUGAUAUUUCAAAUGUUUGGUUUA